AUGGCCAUCGACGCCGAGGAGCUCGUCAUCCAGCCCUUCCGAGAGGUGGUCGAGCGAGGGAAAGACGCGGUCGCAAAUGCCGAGGCCAGCCGGGACGAUGAUGCAGUAUCGUCUACGCUCAUGCUCAGAUCGGCGCGGUCGUUGGUGAGAGAAGGUGAGCGCGCCUUGCAGCGGCUGAUGCCACUGUGGAAUUCGCAAGUCGACCAGCACGGCGAGGUGUUCACAGAUGCGAUACGGCACAAUGACAAUGUUCUAGAGAGCCAACGACGCUUGGAAGACCUUCUUUACGACCUCGACGACUACAUCGAGGUCGACACGUUCGACGGCGACAGGUUUUCCCAGGUUCAGGCGGCCUCGAAGUCGUUUGCUCUGACUCUCCUGGAGACUGUGAAGAGAAUGCGGUUCACGGAUUAUUCCUUGUCGUCGCUUGCAUCAGCGCCGAGCGAGAUCUCCAUUCCUUCCUUCCCACAACCCGGGCGGUCACUGAACACAAACAGUCGCGACCCGAUCGUGCGACACAGUGCUACUUACCAGGAACUCCUCAACGCUGACGGCAGACGACCCUCUAGCCCGGACAUCCUGGGAGCAGAACGGGAUUGUAUCCACCUGAUAUCUAGACCCAACAGCCCGACACAAGAUGCGCCGAGCCCAUCCACCCCCGGAUCGCGAAUCACGGCGUGGGUAAGGGACCAAACAGCGGCCACUGCAGGGUCAUGGUCCGUGAACAACACCAUUCCAGAAGACGAACCUAUCUCGGGGUACAUCGACCAUAACCUGGACAGUCUUACCCUGCAGGAUCCAGAGAUGCCGGUGAUUAAAUUCCUGAGCCUCCCAUACAGCCCAACAACAGCAGGUAGCAGGGCCUCCUGGUAUACCAGCACCGGCAGCUAUGCAUCUGUGCCACGGUCGUCGUUCACUGUGCCCACGAGCGACCAGAGAACUACCUCAUUGCCCCGGGCACCCUAUUCCACGAGUAGUGAAGACGCGCCAGAUGGAGGCCUUUCACAUCCUCAGCCCACAGCGCCGAUCUAUGAGGAUGGACUGAUACUAGCCGACGAACCACCAAGCGUGGCAAAUGGCCACCAAAUCGGCCUGGAUAGCAGCUUGUACUCGCAAAGGGGCUUCUGCCCUGGAGCGCAGAAAUUCAGGGUCAGGGGCAAGAAGGCGGCGACUAAACCCGUCAUAGAAUAUGCAUCGACACAGCGGAGUAUCGCUCGUUGCGUAGGUUGCGACUUCGCGCAGAGCUCAUUCGACGUGGAGCUGGAUGCGAAGCAGGACGCGCGUGCCAACUUCAGCAGCUUCGGCGUCUCGUUCCGCCUUCGGUUUCUGUAUAAAUCGCACCUAGCUUCCACAUUAGCCUUUACGACGCAGUUUGGCUGUCUUUUCUGUGCGCACAAAGGCCACACUGUGCAUGCCGAUGAUGCCACUGUCUUCACAACACAGGACCAGUUCUUCCGGCACCUAGCACGUCACCCACAGCCUCUGCCAGAUAUACAGGGAGUCACAGUGAUGUAUGGAGGCCUUGUUGCAGGCGCUCCCCAGACGGAGGAUUAUGACCUGCACUUUCCUUUUCCCGCCAUAGCCAGUGAUCUCCCAGACGCCACGUUCCUGGCCACAUUACCAUCCGCAGCGGCCCUCAAGAGCCACGUCAAGCGGUAUGGAAGAGAGUUAGAGGGCCCGGACGGCGGGGCUGAGAAUGUGCUCAAGUUCGUCGAAGGUGCACGCAUCGUCGGCAUCGAAUUCCCUGAGAAGUGGAAGGGCAGGUGGUGCACUGGGUGGCACGACGGAGUCUGGGGUGCCUUUCCCGCGAAGCUAGUGAUUCCUGAGCCGCCGACCCAUCUCCCGGGCCCGAGCAUGAGCCCCGGCCCGGCCGUCACAGUGCGGUGGAAGUGGGAUGUCAAAGAUGUCGCCGCGCAGUGGUUGCCGAUCGAUAAGGACGAGACGAUCGUGAAUGUCAGCUGGCUGAACCAAGACGACUGGUGUUGGUGGGGGACGAAGAAGAACGGGAGAGCGGGACUGUUCCCGCGGUCUCACGUGAAGCUGGAGACUCUUCGUGGAGAGGCGGAUGUUCACGAUAAUAAUGUCGACUCCCCGAAGAAGAAGAGCAGGAUACAUAGCUUCGGAUUGGCCAAUGUCCGGCUGCGGAGGAGGACGAAUGGGAGCUCUGCGUGA